UGUGACUCCACGACUGAUCUCCGGCUCUCAAUAAACUACGUAACGUAAGCCAGCAUCAACCAUUGGUGUAUAUAUAUAGAGGCAUACAAGCUUCCCAUUCUGAGGGUGGGACAUUGGUGACUUUGCACAGCCACCAUGGCCGUCGGAUCCGUCCCUCUUUCCUCUUCUGCUUCUUACAGUGUUGGCUUGCCGAUCGCCAACAAGAGCGUGGGGAGCGGCUUCAGGCAGGCGCAGCAGCUCAUGAACUCCGGCCCCGGCAGACAGCAGGGUGGAUUAACGGUCUUCGCUCGGUCGGAGGGAGGAGGGCAGGAGGACGGCAAACAGGCGAAGGGCUCGAGGAAGCAAUCUCUGUUCGGAAGCGUGACGGAGGCGCUUGAUUUCUCGCAGGUGCGGUCCGCCGACGACGCCAUCCUCCUGGAGGAGGCGAGGGAGACCACCAGGUCCGGCGGACGGAUGAGCAGAGAGCAGUAUGGAGCUCUAAGGAGGAAGAUUGGAGGAACUUACCGGGAUUUUUUCAAGUCCUAUGUCGACGUGGAUGGGCAAUAUGUGGAGGAAGGAUGGGUGGACAAGUCUUGCAAGGUGUGCAAGAAGGACACGAGGGGUGAGCCCAGACAGGUUGACAGCAUGGGCAGAUACGUUCAUGUGGCGUGCCUCCAGAGAUCCAAGUCUACCAACUUCUUCUCUAGACUCUUUGCUGGAUGAAGAAGAAGAGAGUUGCUUCAUAUAUAUCUACAAUUUUUUUUUCUUGUUUUUUUUUUCUUUUGAAAUCAAAUGAUCUUGUAGGGGUUCGCUAUAAAAAUGAACGUAUAAAAUUUGACGUAGAUUUCCCUUUCCCUUCCAUGUGUUGCUUGAGAGAAGAGAUUCACAUGUUGGAAAAUUAAGGUGGUAUUUGACCAUAUGGCAUGUGAAAAAUCAUGUACAAGAAUGCAGUCUGCUUUGUAAGGUGAACCGAACCAUAGUGGCCGACUCACUUCAGCUCGUAUCGGUGUAUUUUCUAUUUUUUUAUUU